UGUCAUCCAAGCUCCACUUCCCUGUCCUGUCGACAAGGUUGCUGCUCACACUCCCAGUAUGUACUCUCAGGAACUGUUCCAACUUUCUCAGUAUCUACAGGAGGCCUUACAUCGGGAACAGAUGUUGGAACAGAAGUUGGCCACUCUUCAGAGGCUACUAGCCAAUACACAGGAAGCUUCCGAUACUAGUUGGCAGGCUUUAAUAGAUGAAGACCGGCUUCUAUCGCGUUUGGAGGUCAUGGGGAGCCAGCUCCAGGCCUAUUCAAAAAAUCAGACAGAUGAUGGCAUUCGCAAAGAGUUAAUCGCAUUACAAGAAGACAAACACAACUAUGAGACAACAGCCAAAGAGUCUUUGAGGCGAGUUUUACAAGAAAAGAUCGAGGUGGUGCGGAAGCUUUCUGAAGUGGAGAGAAGUUUAAGUAACACAGAAGAUGAAUGUACCCACCUGAAGGAGAUGAACGAACGCACACAAGAGGAACUGCGAGAACUGGCCAACAAAUACAAUGGCGCAGUAAAUGAAAUUAAAGAUCUUGCUGACAAACUAAAGGCAGCUGAAGGAAGGCAAGAUGAAAUACAGCAGAAGGGGCUUGCAGAGAAGAAAGAAUUACAACUGAAGAUUGAAGAGAUGGAGGAGAAGGAGCAGGAACUCCAGGCAAAGAUUGAGGCCUUACAGGCGGACAAUGAUUUCACCAAUGAGCGUCUCACUGCGUUACAAGUACGCUUAGAACAGCUUCAGGAGAAAACACUUAAGGAUCACAACAGUCUGGGCAUUCAAGUUGAUGACUUCAUACCUAAAAUCAAUGGCAAUGCAGAUAAAGACAAGCUGAUAGAAGACGAGCAUCUGACUAAAGCCGAGCAGGAAAUCCAGAGCCUGAAAGGGAGUCCGGUAGACGUGAGAGAUUCAGACUUAUCAGAUACACUCAGUCCUAGCAAGGACAAAAGCAGUGACGACACUACAGACGGCCAAAUGGAUGAGCAAGAGCUGAAUGAGUCACUUAAUAAAGUUACCAUACUCAAAGAUGAGAUUCAUCACGUACAAGCUGGCACUAAUGAUGCGAAACAAGAGAUCCAGCAGCUGCGAAAGGAACUCUCCGAAGCUCAGGAUCUAGCCAAAACUAGCCGACAGAAAUGCUUAGAACUUCAAGCACUCCUAGAAGAAGAAAGAAAAUCCAGUAGAAAACAGGCUGAAGAUUCCACCAAGCAGAUCCAGAACCUCCAAGCUCAGUUGCAUAGGUUACAGGAAGAGAUUGAAAUCCUGCGGGAACAGAAAGAAAAUGAGAUCUCCAGCACCCGGGAAGAGCUGAUGAAUGCCCAGGAAGAGAUUGCCAUCUUGAAACAUGUUUCUGAACAGGUAGCAAAUGAGAGAGAAGGUGACAUAAGUGAGCUUCAGGGUGAACUGCAGGAGGUGCGCCUUGAGCUGGAACACUGGAAGAAAACUGCCUCUGAGUACGAGAAAGAAAUUGUAUCUCUGCAGGCCAAUUUCCAGACCCAGUGCAAGGAUCGGGAGGACCAGCAGAAAAGUGAAUCAGCACGGUGGCAGGCUGAACUUGAGGAGCUCAAACAAAGUGUCUCUUCUCUGGAGACCGAAUGCAGGGCUCUGCAGAAGGAGAACAAAGUGCUGACUGAAGAAUGCCAGAGGAUCGAUGGUGAGCUUCACAGUUCCCAGAAGCAGUCCCAAGACCUCACAAGUGACCUCGGUCUCUUGGAAAUCACUCGGAAAGAGCUUGAAAGCCAAGUUGGCUGUCUGAAAGAGCAGAAUCUUCAAGAGGCAGGCGACCUAAAAACGCAGCUGAAAGAGGCAGAGAAUCGUGCACACAGCGUUCAGCAAGAGUACGAGGACACCCAGAAUAAGCUGUCUGAGCUAAAAGUGACAUUUGAAAAGACAGAACAAGAAAAGCAAACAAUGGUGGAGGAGCUAAAGCAAUGUAAAGAGAACUUGAAGCUGCUGCAAGAGAAGGGGAAUAACCCUUCUGCAUUACUACCCGUCCCAGCCGUUUACUUUGGCGUAGUCGUGGCUAUCCUGUAUUGGUGUUACGGCCUGUUUUGGUAG